AUCGGCUCGACUGGCGCGCUGUCCCGGAAUAAGCUUCGGGACUGAACCAAGCGGAAAGCUGCGGAACCAAACCAAAACAACCACAGCGUUCUCAAAAGGUGUGGCCAUGACGGAAGGAGCUUGAGCAACAACGCGUACCGGUAUCAUAGCAAAUAAGAGGUUUAAUACUGCCAACCAGACCAUGACAAUCUACUCCAGGAAUCACAACAGCGGUGGAUCUCUUUUGGUGCUUCUGCUGUCACCAAUUCUCUGUUCGGCACUGCACCACAAUUUCUACAUCAAGAAUGAUCUUCGCACUGUCAUUGGACCCGUCGGGGUGCCAUUUGGCUUCUUGGUGGAUGGUUACUACGAUCUCCAAGUCUUUGAUUUUUCCUUGAAUCUGGACAAGAAAAAAUACAAGGCGGUCAAGGGACAAGAAGACCUUGAACCCAUGCAAGUUCUGGACAAUCUCGAAGCGGGUCUUUUAUUACAGAGAUUUGAGAAUGAAGCCGCCUUCAAUCAAUACAUGGAUGAACUCAAGGCCAAUUCCAGUGUUUGUGCUUUUGAGUAUUUUCUGGACGACGAUGAUUCCUACCUCAAAUCUUUGCCAGGAUGGGACGACAAUGAAGAAGACCACAAGAUUGAAGGAGACUUCACGGCCGAAAAUGGAGUCUUCUUGUCCCUCAAAGCCUGGCAAAAACAAAAGAAUGUCGGAGUCGAUUCAGCCAUGAGACACGUGCACUACAAAUUCAAGCCUGGCGAGGAUGGACUCUAUUUUUUGAUUUAUCAGAUAUGCCCCACGAAAGCCAGUGGAAGUUCUGUGGUCCCUCGUGGAGUGGUCUCUACCUUUGAAUUAGACUUCCAUUUUCUCAACUUUGAUCGAUGGGGAAAACAGUCCUACUUGACUGCAGGAGAAAUGAACAUGCCAAUGGUAUUCUUUUACUUCUUUGUCAGCUACUCCUUUUGUGCUGGGUGGUGGAUCAGCAACAUACGCAAGGCUAGGAACGACAAGUCACCUGGAAAACCGGUUGUCUAUGCCAUUCAUCACCUCAUGUCGGCACUCCUUUGCGUCAAGGUGAUUACGGUCUUGCUGGAAAGCAUUCGGUACCAUUACAUUCGUGUCGUGGGUCAUGCCGAACUAUGGUCCUUCGCCUACUACACGUUCGACUUUUUAAAGGGAACGUUCCUGUUUGUGGUGAUUCUACUCAUUGGAUCUGGGUGGAGUUUUGCCAAACCCUUCUUAUCGGGCAAUGAAAAGAAGGUCAUCUUGGCCAUUCUCAUAUUGCAAGUAAUCAACAACAUUGCCUUGGUAGUCUUGGCACGCGAAACAGAAGGAGAGGCUCGAUUCGACGGCUGGCAGGCAAUCUUGCAUUUGGUGGAUAUCAUUUGCUGCUGUGCCGUUCUAGUGCCGAUUGUCUGGCAGGUUAAUCAGUUGGAAAAGAGCGUGAUUGUCGAGGAUCCAAAUCACCCCGACUACAAUGGCAAUAACGACAACGAGGCUGCGGCGGAAGGAGUUGUUCCCAGAGAGGGUGACAUGGAUAUGGGUGAAAAGGGACGAAUCUUGUCCAAGUUGAAGCUCUUUCGAACGUUCUACAUGAUGGUGGUGGCGUACAUUUAUUCAACGAGAAUACUUGUGUACCUGUUUGCGACUAUGUUGUCCUACAAGCAUCUUUGGAUACGAUAUUUUGUGAUUGAAGUGGUCACGUUGACGUUUUACGUGGUGACUGGUUUCCAGUUCCGACCAAUGGCCGACAAUCCGUACCUGGGAGUUAAGCGAGAAGAUGACUUGGGUGACGAUGAUAAUUUCAUCAAUGAAAGAGAGCUCGAAAUGAAAUAAUCGCACAAAUAGCUGCAUGGCACGAUGCUGCCGUUUUUGAUAGACUACAUGUACCUGUUCAAAACACAAAUGAGGCAU